CACGCAUCCGCACCUGCUGCCGGGCGCUGCCGAGCAACAGCUGGAGCAGCUCCAGACGGACCGCGAGGCGGAGAAAGACAAGGACAAGGAGAGUGGUGCUGGCCGUGGCCUCGAUCUGCGACGCGGCCAACUGCAGCAGGGGAAGCUGCACCGAGCUUCCGAAGCUAUCUGCCCAACGACGAGCGCCAUUGACACCCUGGCUGGUCCUAGGCCUGGAAGGCCAUCCCCUUCUCGCUAGCCCUGCGUCAUCCCCAACGCCAACGGCAUUGAGUUUCAUCCACGAUGUCGCAACUCAGAACACGUGCAUUGCCUGGAGCUGCAAUCUAUGGCAUUUCAACUAGGAGAUUUGGAGGUUCACAAUUCCAGCAACCUAAUGUUAAUCGCAUCUCAUUUGAAGGGAAAGUGUCUGCUAAAGCAACAUUGAGAAGUGUGAGGUGUAAAGCUACUCAAACUCAAAGCGUCCAAAAGAAAUCUUCUAGUGCAACUGUUCAGCGUGAUAAGAAAGGGAAAGUCCAAGGGCCAAAACUGGAUGAUGGAAGCGGUGGGUUCCCUCCAUUCCGUUUCGGCAAAGGUGGGGGCGGUGGUGGAGGUGGCGGGGGUGGCAGCAACUACUUUGGUGGAUUCCUUCUCUUCUCUUGCGUGUUGCUCCUUGAUUACCUGAAGGAGUUCGAGAAGCACCUCCUUACUCGAAGGCACCGAGCUGGUGAUGAUGCUGGCAAUGGGCUGCUACAGCCAUGAUCGCUGUUACCAGCCCCAGUAGCUACAAGUUCUGAAUUUUGACGAAGAAGGCUUCUGGCCAGCUUUUUGAAAACAUAUCAUGUGACCGUCUUGGUAGUUUAUGUUUUCUUUCCUAAGGACUGCUGAGAAAGAUCAUAUCAGAUUCGAGACUCGAAGGACUGCGUCCGAGAUGCUGAAAGCUCCUGCACGCAGGCUGCCGAGCUGGCCUGGAAAUAUGAACCUAGUGUGAUGUAGUGUGCCCGUUUCAGAUGGAUCCUGUGGCUGGUGGUGUGGAACGCUUGCCGAUUGCGAUUUGGACCAGUUAACUAGGAAUUUCGUGGUGGUUUUUGUUCUCUAUUUGCUGGACAUAUAACCUUUUGCUAUUGUUGAAAUGGAGACUGUUAAGUGGACAGGGGAAAUGCUGCGCCA